AUGGAUGAAAGCCGAGGUGUUAUAGGGAAUUGCAAAAGGAUCCGUAAUGAGGUUAGAGUUAAAGCAUUAGUUAUCAAAGAAUCCGAUUUUGAUGCAGUUGCUACUUCCCGAAAUUUUGAUCCUGAAGAAGCUGAAAAUCUUAAGUUUGACCAAGAGCGCUCUAUCCCAGAUACUAUGGCACUUAAACGUUUCUAUAUGCGAAAUAUUUAUGGUGGUAAAGAUAUGUGUAAUGAUGACUGGGAUAAUCUUUGCAAAAAGAAGUUCGUAGUACGUUUUAGCUCACCUGAACCUCGAAAACAUUUUCUGCGGUUAUCUCACUUUCGGAGACAAGGAUGCGAUGAAGAUAGUGCAAUAGAAGGUUUAACUACUAAAGACUUUGCACAGUGGGAGGAUACCUGUUUUAAAGCUGAAAAUAAUUUUGAAAAAUCUGUAGCAGAAGACUUGCGAAAAACUUAUUCAGCAAAUCAUUGGAAGAUUAUAAGGGAACUCUUUCAAGUAUUAGGCUUUACUGGCAUUGAUGACAGGCGUACCCUUUCUGGUAGUAUAAUAUCAGAAUCAUUCACGCAAUCAUGUGAAAGUAAUAGAGCAUUAAAUCAGCUUAAAGCAUACCCCAAUCUGAGAUAUCUUAAUUUAUGUCAUAGUGGUAUUAUGGGUGAUAAAGCUUUAUGUAGAAUGGUGGGAUCAUGUCGUAAAAUAGAAUAUCUAAAUAUUUCUUUCUGCCAAGGCAUUACUGAUAGAUCUUUAAUCAAAAUUGCGGAAAGUUGCCAAGCUUUACAAGAGUUUCAUUUUGCUUGUACGCAUUUGAUUUCUGAAAGAUUUAUAAGUCAUAUCUUAAACUCAUGCCCAAAUUUACGAAGAUUCAGUAUUUCAGAGAAACACCUUAAUGUAGAGAAACAUCUUAGUGUAGAGUAUCUUGAUUUUAGUAGAUGUGUUUACGUCGCCAAGACUUCAAUUUGCAAUGCCAUUCAUUCCUGUGCAAAUCUCCAACAUCUCAACCUUAGUUUUUGUGGAAUUACUGAUGUAACUAUCAAAGAAAUUUCUCGUUCGUGUCUUUAUUUAAAAUAUCUUAAUCUGGAGGGGUGUGCUAAUAUUACUAAAGAAGCCAUAGAUCAGCUCGUUUCACUUAAUCCAAAUAUCCAUGUCGAGAAUUUCAUGAAUUCUAUGGAUAUGCGAGCUGAAUUAGAUCAAGAGAUAAGAGGGCUAUAUAACACUCGGCAUAGAGUUGCUGACAUGUUAAAAGAAUAUGAAACAGAAAGUCUUAUCAAAUUUUUGCGGGGGGAUUCCAAAUUAAAACACAUAGAAGUUGGUGACCUUUUUACGGAACUUGAGGAGAAAAAAAUCACCGGUAAUUCAUUUCUUAAGCUAAGCGGAUGGGAUUUAAAGGAAUAUGGAAUGUCACUGAGACAAGCAUUGGAACUUGAAGACUACAUUAAGGAGCUGUGUGAGUAA